AUGGAGCGAAAAUUCAAUAAGGAAGAUGUGUUCACUUUGGAUGCUGAGACAACUGCGAAUUUUAGAGACAAGAUCGACGAACUUUUCGAGGAGUCGAAUUAUCCCAAUGAUCAAGCACGAAUGAUUAUUGAGGGAACUGCAUAUUAUGAUGUGGAAGACAAGGUAAUAGCAUUUUUCGAACUUCCUUCAUAUGAAAAUCGCAUAAAAAUAAAAUACAGAAAAAGCCAGUGUUCCACUUUGUCUGUGUGA